AUGAAGCAUUUUUUUGUGCUGUUGUCAGUUUUGUUGGUUAUUGUGUCACCUUGUCCUGACGGAGAGUUUAACUGCACAUCUGGAGAAUGUGUUCCUGCUCAGUUCAUCUGUGAUUUUAAGAAGGACUGUAAGGAUGGCACGGACGAGGAGUUUUGUGGCUCAUGUGACUUUGAGGAUCAUUCCUGUGGUUGGCAUGACACCAGUGAACCCCCUUACCACUGGAUGUGGCAGUUGGCAAACAUCACCUCCACACCUGGACAUGACCACACCACAGGAACCCCCAAUGGACAUGUCAUGCAUAUAGAUGGUAAACAAGGAGGUGGCAUCUUUAGGAAGGCUAUUUUGGAGUUAUCUGUUGAUCACCUGGCUGCUCUGGGAUGCCAGAUCAGCUUUUGGUACCAUUUCAAUGACGAGACAUCAUCAUCAUCAUCAUCAUCACUUACAGUAAACAUGGUCAGAGGCACAGAUGAGAGAAGCCUGCUUGAGAUUUCUAAAAGAAAAACAAAUGGCUGGGAGAAUGCCACAGCCUUCAUUGGUAACCAGCCAGGGGGAUAUAAGCUGCAGUUUUCAUACGACCCUUUAUUUCACGAUGCCAAGGAUGUUAUGCUGGAUGACAUCAACUUUGAGUACUGUGGAGAAGAAGGCAUCCCAGAUGAAUCAGACCACCUCUCAUGUGAUUUUGAAAAUGAUACUUGUUCGUGGUACCAUGACUACACAGCUAGUCUUCUAUGGAAAAGGACUAAGAGCAUGUUUGCUGACAUAGCUGGGAAUGGCUACUUCAUGCUCAUACAAUCUGCAUACAACUUAAACAUAUCAUCAACAGCCAGACUCAUCAGCUUCCCUCAGCCUGCUGGUAGAGUCUUAUGUGUCAGCUUUUGGUACCACAUAUUUGGAAACAGCAUUGGCUCGUUGAAGUUUAUUACAAAGCUUUCUGGAGAACCAGAGACAGUUGUGUGGAUGAGAAGUGGCACUCAGGGAAACAAAUGGCGAUUUGCAGACCUUACCUUUAACAACGACAAAGCAAUACAGUUUAUUAUAGAAGCUGUGAUAGGAGGUAAUCAGGGGAGCAUAGCCAUUGAUGACAUAGUGGUAACCAGCAGUGUAAAUGGCUCUUGUCCAGCUGAGAGAGAGUGCACCUUCCAGGGCUCCCUCUGUGGCCUUCUGCCCCAACCGUCUGCAAGCUUCAGCUGGAACCGCAUCACCGGGGCAACCCAGCCAGCAAACUCAUCAGGCCCCUCCAUGGAUCACACUCUAGGGACAGCACAAGGUUAUUACCUGAGUGCUGAGUUGUGGAAGCACCCUGUGGGGUCCAGAGGCGCUAUGAUGACUGCAGAAAUGGAGCCCACCCCUUCUGAUGGGGAAUGCUUGAUGUUCUGGUACUACAUGGAGGGAAAAGAAGUGGGUGAACUGAGCAUUUAUCUUCAAACUGCUGACAGCCACAAAACCGCCACUAAGCUGUGGACCAGAAGAGGAGAUCAGGGGACGCACUGGAGGCAUGGAAGAGUGACCCUUAUCAGCCCUGAUGACAGAUAUCAGGUGAUUUUUGAAGCCAUGGCAGGGGAUGGCGUGAAGAGAGAUAUUGCUAUUGAUGACCUCACUGUCAUGAAUGGUGCCUGUCCUCCAACAGGUUUUUGUGACUUUGAGAUGGACUUCUGUUUCUGGGUUAACAGUCCUCCAGUGGAGUCUGGAGUGGAAUGGGACUGGCUUUCAGGUGAAAGUAAGGGUCAGUUUGUUCCAGGGAGAGAUCACACCACAGAUUCUGCUUUAGGCCACUUUGUAUUUUUUAACCCCUCUGAAUCCAGUGAAACAAAAAUUGCCCGACUGGAGAGUGAGUCUAUGGAGGCUGUAGACCAAGCUUGUCUGGAGAUCUGGCACUUUGCCCAAGCGUGGUCUUCUUAUAGGCCAUCAUACAUUACACUAACAGUGUUUAUCAACGAGGCUGAUGAACUGCGUCCUGUAUGGAAUACAAGUGGUUACACAAACAGCACAUGGAUCCUAGACAGGGUGGAUUACAGCGCAUCAGGUCCACACCAGAUUAUUUUACAAGCAAUGCUUCCAGCCUCGAGAGAAGGGAGUUUUGCGCUAGAUGAUGUCCACAUCAUCAGGGGCAUGUCUUGUGAUAACACCAACCCAAACACCACGCCCAGCACUCCUACCACAACCACUGCUGCUCCUCCUUCUGCCAUGGACUGCACAUUUGAACAAGGUCUGUGCAACUGGGUCCAGGAGGGCAGCAAUGACAGUAAUUGGAGUCUCAGCAAUGGACUUCAAGUAAAUGGGCCAUGGGAUGGGCCACAGUAUGAUCACAGUCUUGGAAAUAAUCAAGGUAUCUUUUUACUGCUGAAUGGAUCUGGAUCUAAAGAUGGCGAGAAAGCAGUCAUCUCUGUUCCUGUCAUCGAGCUUGGGUCACAAACCUGUGCUGAAUUUUGGUAUUACAUGCUUGGGCCUUCAGUAUCCAGCCUGGAUCUGCUGGUUCAGACGAAAUCCUCUGAAGUGUUACUCUGGACUCGUCAGGGGACUCAAAAUCCAGAGUGGAUAAAUACACAAGUAACCAUCAGCAUAAACGAAACACUUAAGAUAAUGUUCAGUGGCCACAGAAACAUCCACAGCCAAGGGUUCAUAGCUAUAGAUGACAUAACAGUGAGGCAGGGAGCCUGCAAUAAUCAGAACAUUUGUGGAUUUGAUUGGGACUCGUGUGGCUUUGAGAAUGGUGUUGAUCACAUAGGUCGUUGGAGUCGUAGAAGGGGAACAAAACAUCAUGUGGAUCACACCUAUGGAACUGAAAAUGGUUUUUACAUGACUGUGAUGACCCCAAGUUCUGCACAGUCUGAGAUAGCUGAGCUGCUCACACCAGAGUUCACCUCAGCAGCAGAGAUGUGUAUACGCUUUUGGUACUGGUUAUCCACAGAUUCCUCUAACACCCUUAGCGUCCAUGUGCUGAGAAGCGGGGAGCUGGGCAAUGCCCUUUGGCAGCGGCCUGGAUCCCCUUCUACUGGUUGGGAGGUGGCAGAGGUCACCUUUUCCUCGCCUGCAAAAUUCUAUGUUGUGUUUAAGACCAUCCAUGUGCCCGGAACCAAUGAUACCAUAAAAAUAGAUGAUGUUUCUGUGAUGGAUGGGGCCUGCAGUCCUCCAGGGAGCUGUGACUUUGAGUUUGGACAAUGUAUCUGGGUCAACAUCCAUAGAGAAGAUGGACAUGAGUGGGUCCUAGCUCAUGGAGAGUCCCAUGGUCCACCAACAGACCACACCACUGAGACCCCAGAGGGGUGGUUCCUGUUGAGCUCAUCGCUUCACCUAAAUCAUCCCAGUGUAGCACAGGUUGUGUCUGAAUGGAUCCACCUGAAAGACGUCUCCUCUUGUCUCACCCUGUGGUACCACAUGGACAACAGUGACUCUGGAGCACUCCGGAUCUUCUUACGUUCAGGCCCAUCAGAGGAGAAACUCUUGUUUCAAACUAACAGCAGUAGCAACAGCUGGAACAGGUUCUCUCAGUCUAUAGAGAUGUCCAAACCUUUCCAGCUACUAAUUGAGGCAGAGACUAACAUCAGAGGAUUUAUUGCUAUUGAUGACAUCAGUAUUACACCAGGUCUUUGCCAAGUGAAUGAAACCAGUUCAGGAUUUGUGGGCUGUUCGUUUGAAAAUGGGACCUGUGACUGGGAAGAUGUAAGUGUUGGCCAGUUUCAGUGGACGAGAGGAAGGAAUGCUACUGGGAACACAGGACCCUCUGUGGACAACACACUGGGCACUGAGCUGGGUUGGUACAUGGUUGUGGAGGCUGAUCAGGGAGAACAAAUAAGCCCUGCUGCCCUGCAGAGUCCUAUCAUGAAACACUCCAGCACUACCUGCACAAUACACUUCUACUACAACAUGUAUGGAGAGGACGCAAAGCUCAAUGUGCUGCUAAAGGAAGGAUCCAGGACCACCACACUGUGGUGGUUAUCUGGUUCCCAUGGAAAUUUGUGGCAACAUGGUGAAGUUGUUCUCAGUCGAAUUCCUCAUGACUUUGCCAUCCUGUUUGAAGCCUCCAGGAACUUGAACAAGCCUGGACAUGUUGCUAUUGAUGAUGUUGGCUUUGCCAACUGCUCCCUGCCUGAGCCCCAGCCAUCGUGUCCUGGAAGUAUGUUAAAGUGCAACAACAGCGUGUGUGUUGACCCCAACCUGGUGUGUGACUUCAGCGAUGACUGUGGGGAUCGGUCUGAUGAGAAUGACUGUGAUAAACAUGGUGUUGUGGAGCGUUGCGACUUUGAGCAAGGCCUGUGUUUCUGGGAGGAGAGUGAUGUCGACACACCUGAAGCUGAGUGGACGCGUCAGAAAGGACAGGAAGUCUGGCCCGACUAUGGGCCUCCUAGGGACCACACCCAAAACUCUGCUGCAGGUCAUUAUGUUACACCUGCGACUCACCUGACUACAAAGGGCCAGACAUCUGAGAUUCUCUCUAAAACUUUACUACCCAGCUUCAACUGCACUGUGAGAUUCUUCUACUUUAGUAUGGAUGAUGCUGCAGGUAGACUGACAGCACAGUCCAGGACACUGACUUCUGGUAGUGGCGACAGAUUGUUGUGGCUCAGGGAAACAACCCAGAACUACAGCUGGCAGAGAGCAGAGGUCAUGUUCUCCUCUUCAGCCAGCAGCAAGGUUGUUUUUAGAUACGAGCUUGAGGAAACUAACCUUCACAGGGGGCUGGUUGCACUGGAUGACAUCUCAUUCUCAAAAGAAUGUGUUUUUGACCCUGAAAACAGCAAACUACCUGACACAUCACCAACUUCUCCCCCAUCAACAUCCUCUGAAACACCCUCAACCUCAACUGCACCCGUUAACCCCUGUCAGGAUGGUGAGUUUUUUUGCCAACAGUCAGCUGGGAAAGUGUGUAUUUCGGCCACAUUACAGUGUGAUUAUCAUCCAGACUGCCCCCAGGGAGAGGACGAGGUUGGCUGUGGUCCUUGCACAUUUGAGACUGAUCAAUGCCAGUGGACGGACACCAGUGAUGGACAGAGGAUGUGGCAGAGACAGAGAGCCAGUAACAAGACAGAGCCACCAGCAGACCACACUACAGACACUGGCUUCUACAUGACAGUAAACAUCAGUCAGGAGUCCUCCUUGAGAAACGCCAAACUCCAGAGUCCUCAGCUACCCCCUUCAUCCCCCUACUGCCAGAUGCUGUUUCACUUCCACAUCAGUCCAGCGAGUACUGGGUCACUCAGAGUGCUUAUGCAGCAAGCUGAGGGUGGUGAAGCAAUCCUGUGGUCACGCAGUCAUAAUACUGUCUCCCACUGGACCCCAGAGCAUCUGCCUCUAGGCCAGCACCAGCAGCCUUACAAGGUUUGGUUCAGUAGCAUCAAUAAUGCAACAGAGGAGGUCACAGCUACGGGAGACCAUGUUGUUGCUGUGGACGACAUCUCUUUUAUUAACUGUGAAAAAUCCUACCAGCCACCUGCUUUCCCCUCUUUCGGCUGUACUUUUGAAAAUGGCCUGUGCGCUUGGGUGCAGGGAGCUGAAGAUGAGCUGGACUGGCUUAGCAGGUCUGGCCCCACUGAAACCCCCAACACUGGACCUGCAGGAGAUCACACCACUGGCAAAGGGAAAUACCUUUACAUCAACAGUUCCCACCCAAGUGUAAAAGGAAAUACAGCCAUGCUAAAGUCCUCACUGCUGCCACAUGCUGGUGAAAAGGGGUAUUGUUUCACAUUUUGGUACCACAUGUUUGGCCCGACUGUCGGUUCCCUGAGGAUGCUUCUACAAACAGCUGAUCCAUUGGAGAGAACAAUGGUGUGGCAAAAAUCAGGAAACCAGGGGGAUGAGUGGCUGGUGGCUCAGAGCCACGUGACCUUGCAAAGAGUCCACCAAGUGGUUCUGGAGGCGACAGUGGAAGGAGAAGCUGGAGACAUAGCAAUUGAUGACAUCUCUCUCAUCUAUGGACUGUGUCCUUCCAAUGAUUUGUGUGACUUUGAGGAAGACAGCUGCAACUGGCAGCAGGAGACAGGUGAUGACUUUGACUGGGUCAGGCAGUCGGGUCACACCCUAAACCCUAACACAGGACCAGACAGUGACCACACCACCAACACAGCCACAGGACAUUACUACUACCUGCCAUCUUCUAUCAAUGACCAAACUGGCCAGAAAGCUUCUAUAUAUUCACCACUGUAUCCUGAAGACAAAGGCUCAUGUGUGCAGCUUUGGUACCACAUGUAUGGCAAAGGAAUGGGGACACUGAAUGUUUACCAGCAGGGCAAGGAUGGAAAAGUAGCCAUGAUUUUCUCACAGACAGGAGAUCAGGGCCGACUCUGGAGGUUCGCUCAGGCUUCACUCCUGCCCCGACAUCAUCCUUACAGAAUUGUGGUGGAAGGGGUGAAAGCUGGCCCGACUCAGGAAGGAGACAUGGCCAUUGAUGAUGUACAGCUGACAGACACUCGGUGUCUUCCUCAUGGAAUCUGUGACUUUGAGAACUCUUUCUGUAGCUGGAGCAACCUGGGUGGAGGAGUUGACCAGGGGGACUGGCUGCGCGGCUCAGGAGCCUCCCCAAACCCCAACACUGGCCCUACUGUGGACCACACUACCAACUCUACACAUGGUCACUAUGUUUACGUGGACAGCUCUGUGGGUGAGUGGGGGGACACAUCUUUCCUGAUCAGUGACGUGUUCCAGCCGUCCUUUAGAGGACACUGUCUUACAUUCUGGUACCACAUGUUUGGUGACUCCGUUGGGACUCUUAAAGUCUACAUAAAUGACAGGAAGAUGCAUGCAGGUGGUGAUGAGGAAGGACUUCUGAAGUGGAUCAAAUCAGGAAAUAAAGGAAACAUGUGGCAGCUGGCUUCUGUGAGAAUCAAACAUGAGGAUGCAUUCUGGUUUGUGUUUGUGUAUCAGAGGGGGAUGAAUACAGGCGAUGUUGCUCUGGAUGACAUCACCAUCUACCCCACAGAAUGCCCAUCCAUCGACCCUCCUGAUGAUAAAAAUACCUCGUCCAUUGGCCUUAUAGUUGGUCUGACUCUACUGGCUGGAUUCGUCAUCGUCAUCUUUAUCUUUGUGCUGAACUGGAAGCAUAAGAAUAAGAACCUGCCGACUAUUAUGAGUAAUGAAGAGAUGGACCGAAACUUUGAUUUCGACCUCUCUAACUGCAGAGCAGAUGCCACGCAUGAACCUGAAUCUGACUUUUCCUUCUUCAACAAACUUUAUGAUCCAUCACCACAAAUGGACGGAGACACUCUGGCCUCAUCUGAUGCUUAAUCCUUUCUAUUAAGAUGCCAAUAAAAUGUAUGAAUUAUUUGUUGCUUAGCUGGUUUAACUUGAAUUUGUUGCACUUUUAAUAAA